CAGUGCGUUAUUAAUCAUUGAGUAGCGCGUGUACGCACUCAGUGGCCGCUUCAGUUUCCUUGCGCGCACAGUUUCCUCCUCAGAAAGUUUAAUGGCUGAAUACAAUCCCUGCCGGGUGAGCUGCUUUAUCUUGGCUGGAUUAAUUAGCACCGUCGCUCUCGUCUUUUUCUGCAUCUUCUGGUUUGUGGACGGAGGAUGUCCCAGCGGCAGUUUCAAGCACGCGGCUGUGGCUGCAGACUCUCUGCGGUGCUCACAGAUCGGCAGGAACAUGCUGCAGGAGGGAGGGUCAGCAGUAGAUGGCGCCAUUGCAGCACUUCUGUGCACGUCUUUAAUCAAUCCUCAGAGCAUGGGGAUUGGAGGAGGGUCUAUAUUCACUAUUAGAGAUAAAACAGGCAAAGUGAAAGUCUACAACUUCAGAGAGACGGUCCCAAAGUCUUUUAAAAGUAACCUGUUAGAUGAUUGUCCAACCACAUUCAGAAUGACCACAGGCACACAGUGGAUCGGUGUUCCCGGCGAGCUGCGGGGAUAUGAAGCCGUCCACAAGCAGUAUGGGAAGCUGCCCUGGGCAAAGCUGUUUGAGCCAACGAUAAAACUGGCUAGAGAGGGCAUCCCUCUGCCUCCAUACCUGGGAGAGCUCCUAACUAUCCCCCUUGCAAUAAAACAUGUGGAAAAUUCCUCCAUCUGUGAAGUUUUCUGCAACAAGAACAAAACUGUUUUGAGGAAAGGAGACAUACUUAAGUUUCCCAAACUUUCCGAAAGCAUGGAAAUGAUUGCUGCACAAGGAGCUAAUGCCUUCUACACAGGCAAGAUAGGACAUGACUUAAUCCAAGACAUAAAAGCUGCAGGUGGAACGAUGGAACUUGAGGAUCUGGAGUCCUUCCAGGUGCGGGUGGAGGACGCUUGGACAGUUCCUCUGGGGGAUGCUAAGCUUCACAUUACUCCACCACCUGCUGGAGGCGCCCUGCUGGCCUUCAUUCUCAAAGUUCUGGAAGGGUUCUCUUUGACUCCAAACUCUUUUCUUGGUGACCAGAAGAUUCAGACAUAUCAUCGUUUUAUAGAGGCAGCCAAAUUUGCUAAUGGACAAAAGAGAAGCAUUCAAGAUCCUGCCUUUCAUGACAGAAAGAGUGCCGAUCAUUUGAUUGAUCCCGCCUUCAUUAGUCGCAUCCGGGGGAUGAUUUUUUCAAACCGCACCCAUGACAACUCGUACUACUCCAACGUCAAACCCUCACCCGAUCACUUUGGGACCACUCAUGUGUCGGUGCUGGAUGAAGACGGACUGGCUGUCUCUGCCACCAGCACGAUAAACCAUCUGUUUGGAGGGGCCGUUUACUCUCCACGUACAGGUAUCAUCCUCAACAAUGAGCUGUCUGACUUUUGUGGGAGAGCAGACACAGUGACGGCAGGUGAGCAGCCUCCUUCCUCGAUGACUCCCGUAAUACUGGAGUCAAAGUCCGGAGGUCUCCUUGUGAUUGGUGGAUCAGGCGGGAGUAUGAUUACCUCAGCAGUCGCCUUGUCUAUUAUGAAUCACCUGUGGUUGGGGAUGAAUCUCGAAGAUGCCAUUUCUGCACCUAUAGUCUUUAUUGACUCUAAGAAUAAAUUAAAUUUUGAGAAAUUCAGGAAUGUCGAGAGGUUUGAUAAGUCUGUGAAGGAUGGACUCAUGGCUCUCGGACACAAUCUAGAGAGCCCCCAAUUUUUCUUCAAUGUGGUAAAUGCUGUGGAAAAGGAGAACGGAUGCAUUGUGGCCGUGUCUGACAGCAGGAAGAUGGGAAUGUCAGAUGGUUAUUGACCAAAUAUUGGUGAGGAAGCGCCACCCUCCACUUCAACCCCCCGCCCCCUAAAGACUGACUGAACCUUUAGCCUUAAUGGGAAUACUGAAUGUGUAAAAAAUCCAACAACCAAAUGUUGGCAUUUUAGUGCUCGUUGGCAGUCCAGGUAGCUUCAGGCUUAAAGAAUCAUUUUGAUUUAUUAUAAUAAAAGUCUAGUUUUCAUAGAUUUUGACACCAUUUCUAUCAAGAACAAACAAUUGUAGUCACCAUUUACCCUUUGAAAUCUUUGACGGAGCCACAAGUUUAUGAAAUUGUUCAUAAAAAAAAUUAAACGCACAUAUUUUUUGCAACCCCGAGACAAGUUGGGGAAACAAUGGUGUUCUAUCCUCUAAGUCUACAGAUUGAAUUGUGAGCAGCCCAAAGAAAACGGUUGGAUAAAAGUUAUUUACAAGGUAAUACUUUUUAAGGACUUUUCUCUACACCCAAUACUAAAUGCACAUUUUUAAAAAGAAUUAAGAAAAAAUAAAUAAUAAACACUGUACAAUAAGGCACACACAUUUUGCAGAGUUACUAUGGAACAAAUGAGGAAGUAGAAGAAGAUACACUUUAUUAAUCCCGCAAGGGGAAAUUAAAUUUUACACUCUGUGGUUGAACAUGCUACACACAUUGGCUGAAACACACACACACACAUGCACAAACAUGGACAUGCACUAAUGGAGAGAUGUCAGAGUGAGGGGUCUGCCCACAGCGAGCACUCGUGAGCUGGUGAGAGGGUUGCCUUGCUUAAGGGCACACUGGCAGUGCUCAGGAAGUGAACUGGCACCUCUCCAGCUACCAGACCAAUAUCCAGACUUUGUCCGCCCCGGGACUUGAAUCGGCGACCUUCCAGCUCCCAACCCAAGUCCCUACAGACUGAGCUACUGCCGCCUCCAACUUUUAGCUAACAGUUGAUAGCAAGUAACUCCUCAUCACAUUAUAGAGUAGCUUAUAAUUACUGAACACAGAUCGAAUGCUAGAUAAGGUAUACACAAAACUUAUGCUUACUAGGGAACGAAUAGGGAACGAAUAAUAACAUUUUGUGUACCAUAUUUACCUGUUAACUAAUUGUUAACUAGUAGUUAGUUCCUCAUUUGUUCCCCAGUAACUAUGUGAAAUCUGUGUACAACAUUGUAAAGUGUUACCAAAUAAUCCUUAUUUACAAAGAAAAACGAACUAUUAAAGAAGUCAAUAGUUUUAAUCCCAACAGAGAUUUUGAUUAAUGAGCGUAGUAGUUAACUGAAAUGUAACUUUUUGCGAAGUGUUCAACUGCAUUUCCUAGUCUGAGUUUGCUCACUUGUCAUCAUUGUCAACAUCUGGAUAGGCUUGUGGCUUUGCUUUCAUUCUUUUUUCCAGAAUUGGGAUAAUUCCUAACAUUCACCCCCAUUGUAAGCAAAAUAAGUUUGAGCAGUUUUUAGACCUUUGAAAAACGUUUUUAUUCUCUAACAUUCAGGUUUCUUACCCUGUUAAUGUGAUAGUAGAAAUGAUGUCCAUUUAGCUGUUAUGACCACUUUAUAUAAACACACUUUAAGUCCAGCCAGUUGGUAUGCACACAUAUACUAUAAUAAUGUUAUAUCCUGUGAAUCACGAAGACGCACAGUCAACGCACCGUGAAGCACCAUGAGGUCUGCUUAUAUGUGUUGUAGAGUUACAAACUUUAAUCCAAAGUGUAAUGUUUCGGCAGAAUGAGCCUUGAAAGAAAAUCUACUGUUGUUAAAAAAAAAAAAGAAGCAGUGUAUGUUUUCAUGUACGACUGAAUUUGAUUCUUUGUAUGAACUUUUUUUUUAAUGUGAUUGAGCCAUGUGCCUUUACAACGUGACACCCUGACUGACAUGUGAAUGGAAAACAGAGAACUUUUACUUUGACCUUUAAGAUGUUAGUUUGGUUCAAAUGUGUGUAUGACAUUGACAGAAACACGUUAUUUCCAUUUAACAACAUUAUAUAGAAAGAAGAUUUUUUUAUUUCCAUUUACAUAUAUAUAUAUAUUUGUAUUUUGAUAAGACGUUGUGUUUUGUGAAUUCAUUACUUUUUGUUACAACAAUUAACUGUGAAUAUCUGUGUUGUCAUAAUAAAACAAAGAUUCCGAACAAAGA